AGAAGAUCGGAACAGCUUCACCCGUUGUCUGAUCUGAGUUUUACUUUGUGCAUUUAUUUAGUGAGUCUCACCAUACAGGCGAUCGCCAGGAAAGUCAAACGGAUGCGGGAUUAAUGAGAGCAAAACUCGGAAUCUAAUCUAGAUUGACCAGCGCACGCGGGUGUUUAUCGAGGAAUCCGAUACGCACUCUGCUAAAGCGGGUUACAUGCAGCUCCUGGCGAUUGGAUCUCCCACAAUUCCCUGGGAAAUCUGCUCCUGUGAGGUUUGAAGGCUCGCUUACUCGCUGUAAACGGGGGCCGUGCCAUGGGGAUCCAUCACUCCUUCUUCAUCUGCCUCUUCCUUGUUGCUGCUGUUGCAACAGAAGAUCUACCAGCCUCAGUGCAAGCUCAGAACAAAUCUCUGCCUCAUCUGACUGGCUGCUAUUCCCGGGAUCUCAUGACGUUCCGCUGCCAAUGGGAUGUCGGAUCUUUCUGGAACCUGACGGAGCUGGGCGACCUUAGACUGUUCUACUCGCUGAAAGAUUCGAAGAGUGAUGGCACAUGGCACAACUGCCCAAGUUACAGCACUGCAGUUAAAAAUGAAUGCUACUUUGAUACCAACCAUACAAGUAUCUGGUUACAUUAUGCCAUCCAACUGCGUUCACAGACCAAUGAUGUUUAUGAUGAAAUGUUCUUUACAGUGGAAGAAAUUGUAUUUCCAGACCCACCUGAAGUGCUGAACUGGACGUUGUUGAGUUUGGGCCCAACUGGAUUGUACUGUGAUGUGAUGAUCAGCUGGGACACACCCCCCUCAGCAGCAGAUAAUGUAAAGAUGGGAUGGAUGACGCUUUGGUAUGAGACCCAGUACAGUGAGAGGGGCUCAGAGCAGUGGAAAUCUCUCGACAGUGGCAAGGACACACAGGCAAAUAUCUACGGCCUUCGCAGCAACACUGAGUAUGAAGUCAGGGUGAGGUCCAAAAUGAGGGGCUACAACUUUGGGGAUUUUGGUGACUCCAUUUUCAUACUUGUUCCCAGCAAAGGCUCAAGAAUCCCCAUAACUGCAGUGUUUAUCCUCAUGGCUACUGCUAUUGUAAUCAUGUUGAUCCUGAUCGUGGUGUCACGUAAACAGAAACUCAUGGUGAUUCUUCUGCCACCUGUUCCUGGACCAAAAAUCAAAGGAAUUGAUCCCCUCCUCCUACAGAAGGGCCAGCUAACCGAGUUCACCUCGGUCCUGGGUGCUCACCCAGAUCUGCGUCCAGAGCUCUAUAGUAAUGACCCAUGGGUGGAGUUCAUACAGGUGGACAUUGACGAACCGACUGAGAUGAUUGAAGGCUUGGACACACCACUCCUCUUUGACAAAUCUCAUGUCUCUGAUUCCCCUCCGACAUCCAGUGGGUUCCAGGAUGACGACUCGGGUCGGGCGAGCUGCUGUGACCCCGAUCUGUCUGAUCAUGACCACCAAGAUGCUAAUCACCCUUCAACCAGUGCCCAAGAUUGUUUUCACACUUUUAUACCUCCUGAAAAUUUGGGAUCUCUGCAACCUGUUGUUUCUCCUGCACAGGAACCUGCAUGGCAGAAUUCCAUUUACUCUCAAGUGGCUGAAAUUAUGCCAUGUGGUGAAACACUGCUGUUCCCAGAGCAGAACGUGACUGAUGGCUGCAGCGUUCAAAAUAAAGCUGAGUAUAAAGAGAAAAAUCCCUGGAUGAUGGUGACCCUUAAUGAAAGAGGUUACAGUACCAACGAGCCAAGCUCAUCCACAGCAAACCCUGAGUCAGAAAGCAACAGUACUCCACAACAGUGUCAGAACCCCAUUGCACAACCAGAGGUGACACCCAUCCUCUCUGCCUUUCCUAUCCUCACGAUGCCGAAUCCUCCAGUAUACACUAUGGUGGAUGGAGUGGGCUGGAAAGAUAGCCUUGUUUUGAAGGCAAGCAAACAUCCUGGGGGAUAUUUGACUCCUGACCUACUAGACAGCAUUACUCCAAAUAAGUAGUGCCAGAAAUGUACUGAGAUGGGAUUUGGGGAAAGAAUAGAUUAGCUGUAAAGCACGUUGGACAUUGUUAGCCAACACCAAACAAGACUGGGCUAAAAACUUGGAAUCCAAGCAGAUUUUUCACUGACUGGUCCUUAUUAUAUUACUGAAACAUUUUGGCAAGAUGGACUUGGACUGCUGGAGCUGCUACCCCCGCGACCCGAUUACGGAUAAGCGGUUGAGGAUGGAUGGAUGGAUGGAUGGAUGGAUGGACUUGGACUGGAUUAGAUUUAUUGGAUGAAAUUACAAUGACCUAUUUUCUGAGCUGUAUAAAUAUUGCAAAUCAUAGUUAAUUACUGUUUACAACUAUAAGGAAUGAUGCCGUUAAAUGGAAUUAUAGCUGGGUGGAUUAGUAUAUCUUUUGUAUAAAAUCUUCUCAGUGGAUUAAUGAACAUUAACAUGGAUGAGGAACCUGCUCAUUUGUUUGCAUUCUCUAUCUAACAGCACCGUUUCUAACCCUAGCAAGCAUAAGCUAAUUUUUGCUGAAGUGCACUUGUAAGUCCAGAACUUUUUCUCUAAACCCCAGCACACAAUGUAUCUGGGUUACACCACAAAUGCCUCAUCUUGUUUGUGUUUUUUUCUAUUCUGUUCUGUUCUGCUCUGCAGUGUCUAGCUAGGUAAGUUUCUAAAAAGUAAGUGUCAAUGUCAAUAGAUAUGACUCUCUGCGUGGCUUGUUAAAAUGUAAUAUAUAUUAUAAUAAAGAACAGAUGUAUAUAUUUACAAAAAAGUGAGCAAUUAAAGUUUACAUUUAUACA